CCUGCCCUUCCCCAUUUAAGGCGCAGCAGAGGAGCAGGCAGCCAGCAAGAGCUUCCAGAAGGAGAUUCGGAUCGGAUCCAGGAAAAAGAAGAAGCAGCCACCAUGAGGGAGAUCGUCCAUUUGCAAGCCGGCCAGUGCGGCAACCAGAUCGGGGCCAAGUUCUGGGAAGUCAUCAGCGAUGAACAUGGCAUAGACCCAACUGGCACCUACCACGGGGACAGUGACUUACAGUUGGAACGGAUCAAUGUGUACUACAAUGAGGCCUCAGGUGGCAAGUAUGUGCCCAGAGCUGUCUUGGUCGAUCUGGAACCUGGCACCAUGGACUCAGUCAGGUCUGGACCUUUUGGGCAAAUAUUCAGGCCUGAUAACUUUGUCUUUGGUCAAAGUGGUGCUGGGAACAACUGGGCCAAGGGACACUACACGGAGGGAGCUGAGCUGGUGGACUCCGUCCUUGAUGUGGUCAGGAAGGAAGCAGAGAGCUGUGACUGUCUCCAGGGCUUUCAGCUGACUCACUCACUUGGUGGGGGCACAGGAUCAGGGAUGGGGACUCUGCUGAUCAGUAAGAUCCGUGAGGAAUACCCAGACCGUAUCAUGAACACCUUCAGUGUGGUGCCAUCUCCCAAGGUUUCAGACACAGUGGUGGAGCCCUACAAUGCCACUCUCUCAGUGCACCAGUUGGUGGAAAACACAGACGAGACCUACUGCAUCGACAAUGAGGCUCUCUAUGACAUCUGCUUCCGGACCCUCAAGCUCACAACUCCCACCUAUGGGGAUCUCAACCACUUGGUCUCUGCAACCAUGAGUGGUGUGACCACCUGUCUCCGUUUCCCUGGCCAGCUCAAUGCUGACCUUCGCAAGCUGGCUGUGAACAUGGUGCCCUUCCCUCGCCUCCACUUCUUCAUGCCUGGCUUUGCCCCAUUAACCAGCCGUGGCAGUCAGCAAUAUCGGGCCUUGACAGUGCCAGAGCUAACACAGCAGAUGUUUGAUGCCAAGAACAUGAUGGCAGCCUGUGACCCCCGCCAUGGGCGUUAUUUAACUGUUGCAGCAGUUUUCCGAGGCAGGAUGUCCAUGAAAGAGGUAGAUGAGCAGAUGCUGAAUGUACAGAAUAAGAACAGCAGCUACUUUGUUGAAUGGAUCCCCAACAACGUGAAGACAGCUGUCUGUGACAUCCCACCUCGUGGCCUCAAAAUGGCUGCCACAUUCAUUGGCAACAGCACAGCUAUCCAGGAGUUGUUUAAGCGUAUUUCUGAGCAAUUCACAGCCAUGUUCCGCCGCAAGGCUUUCCUCCACUGGUAUACGGGUGAGGGCAUGGAUGAGAUGGAGUUCACAGAAGCAGAGAGUAAUAUGAAUGACCUGGUCUCAGAAUACCAGCAGUACCAGGAUGCUACUGCCGAAGAAGGAGAGUUUGAAGAGGAGGCAGAGGAAGAAGUAGCAUGAAGACCUCCUCACUCUUUCUCUCUCUCUGUCUCCUUUCUUCCUUCCUCAUGACUACUCCUCCUUAUUCCUACCAGUCUUCUGAACCAAUGGACCAUAUCACCUGCGCUGGCAUAGACUUGAACAUUCUUGGCCACCCUAAAGGAGUCAAACCAGAGCUGCAUGUUACAUCCUUCCCACCUGCCCAUCCUAAAUAACACAUGGUGAAAUGAAAGAUGUAGGUUUACUGGGGGUGGGGUGUGUCGGGGGAGUAUAGCAGGCUUUAAAGUCCAUGUUCAGGAAUAGCAGAUGAUAAUAUGUCUAGCUUAAAAGCACUAUCCGGUAUGUUUUCUCAUCUCUCCACUCACCCACCCUGCCUGCUCUGCAUCUUCCCUGCAGUGCUGUGCCCCUAAGUGUUCUGUAUGGUCGUGUGAGUUUUUGUUUUCAGAGAUGAGUAUGCACUAACUCAAAACUUGCAUUUGGUUUUUAGUUUCUUCAUCCAUGCUGGGCUUAAAGAAAAGGUUACUGGAUCUGGGUGGGAGGAUGGGGAUGCUUUGAGGGCUGGGUGGGGCUCUGUCCUUUAGGGUGAAAUGUAGUCCCCCUUUUGAGUGUGUUUGCUGUCAAAAGCAGUUAUACGUCUCCGCAAUAAACUACUGAAUAAUGA